UGUCAGUGUAAUCAGCGGGACGUCACAGGGGCGGCGCUUCGCUAAGUAAUAAGGGAAUUUUCCAUCAGCGGCGCGAGGUUGCGAGGCUGGUGUUGGUAAUGCAGGGGGCACAGGGAGGGAGAGGAAUGCCUGACGCAUGAUGAACUAGAGAGCGCCCCCUUCCUCCCCCGCCUCCACUAAUGACUCCAUCGUGGCUUUGAAUUUCAUCCACAAUUAAUACAUUAUUGCAAUGACCGAAAUGGAAGGCGGGACUGGCCCACAGAAACCGUACCUUAUCAGUCACUCGAGAUUACGGUUCUGGUUACAUCUGGUGUGAAAUGGAGCGUAGAUUUCCAUGGCGGAAAGAAUCUCAUGUGGGCCAGCCAUUCAUUUGCUGAGACCACACCUCGCGGGCAUUACGCUCGGCUCUGUCGGCUCACGCCCGUAAGGUGACGUUGAGGUGAAGAAAGGGGAAAGGUGUCGAUUGAAACCCUGAAGAUGAAGCCAGGCUUCCUGCGACCCGAGGGAGGCGAAAGCAUUAAGCGGCCCACCUGUUACGUGUGUGGCUGUGCACGAUGCGGAGAGUACCCCUUAGCGGUGAGGCAGCAGGCCACGGGGCCAUACUUCCCCUUCCUCGAAACACACGAGCCUCCCGAUGGAUCUGAGCCGCCCUCGUCCGACGGCCGCAUACUCUCCUGUUUCCUUUGUUAUUCGUAUCUGACGCAGCAGUGGCAACUGUACGAGCGGGACAAGGUGCCUCCUGUCAAACGCAUCUACUGGCUCAAGCGGGUGGACAACGGGCCCUAUACCGGGGUGGAGGUGGGCGUGCAGAGUGAGUACGCGUCACAGCUUCUAGGCCUAGCGCCGGAUCCCCCGGCCCAGCCCUCUGAGGUUAAAAGAGCCGGAUCCAGUGCCGGGGUUGCCAGGUCACAGCCCCAGCCUCCGCCACCUCCACCAUCAUUGCCACCGCCACCUCCUCCCGCCACCAUAACCCAGCCAAGUGCAGUCGUGCCUGUGGAGGUGAAGAGACCCAGAGUGAAUCCUCCUCAGCCCCAGCCUCCAAGCCUACCACUUCCGCCCCCAGGGGUGCUGCCACUGCCCUACGGCCUGGCCGUGCCGCAAGCCAGCACACAGCAGGAGGCUCUAGACCUGUCCUUGGACGGCCGCCGUGGGAUCAAGCGUGAGAGGGAGGAGGAAUUACCACCGCGAGACCCGCGGGACCCGAGCAUCGUCGCGCCCAGGACAGAGGUGCUAGACUUACGCAUGCCGGACAAAAACGCCACCACUGAGGUCUGCUAUGUGUGUGGGGACCACUACAAGAAGGGCACGCUGGUCGAUAUUUAUGCCAAACAGCAAAAUGAAAGUUGCCCUUUUUUUCCAAGUUUGAUGCUGCACCCUCGCCCUAGCAAGUCGCAUCCUAUGGAAGCCUCAGGGCGAGUGCAGGGGUGUCGGGAUUGUUUCAAACACAUGCAGAUGCAGUGGGACGCUUAUGAAACUCGCAAAAUUCCUCAUGCAGAAAGGUUUUAUUCUCUUCGUAAGAAAGCGUCAACUAUUGUUGAUGACUCUACAGCCUUUGUGUGUUACAAGUGUGGACGGGAGUAUCCUUCAAGCUCCCUGUGUUUGGUAUACUGCAGACCCAAUGCUGAUAAAGAUCCCUUUUAUCCUUUUAUUGAAAAGCUGAUUCCUCCAGAGGGAGCGUCACCCAUUUCCCCGCAGGGUUUGGUGCAGGUGUGCUCCUCAUGCUCCAAGGUUAUCCCCCAGCAGCAGAAGGAAUUGAUAGAAAGAAAUGAAAGCAACAGGUCACCGGUGAAAGGGAAUGUGAUGGACGAGUGCACGGAGCAACCUGGCGGAGGCAGCCCGCCGCCCCACGCCCAACACGUAAGCGCCGGCCCGCUGGAGAGCACGGAUGUUGAUCCUCAGUUAGAUGAGGCUACGUGCUAUCUGUGCCAUCAGAAUCACUCCCGCCAGACUAUGCACUGGCUGGCCAUGGUGGCUGAGAGCGCCAGGCAGGAUGGCAUGUAUUUCUCCUUCCUGAAGUACUUGCCAAGGAUUGGCCAGAACAGCUUGGUGGAGAACGGCAGAGUUCUGGCUUGUUCGCUCUGCUACCAACACCUCAGCAAUCAGUGGACCGAGUACGAAAAAGACAAGGUUCUGGAAGAGCACCGGCAGUUUUCGUUGCGAGCCAUCCCCUCCAACUCAAUGUCGCCGCGCCUCACCCCCGGGCCCACCCUCUCCUCCCCCGGCAUGUCGCCCACUGACGGCUCCCCUACUCACUCCUUCAGCACGGCGGCGGAGGCUCACACCAAGUCUUCCACGGAUGUUAAAAAAGUCACAUCCGGAUACAUGGGCCAGCCCCUCCACACACUGGAGGUGGUCCCCGCCGAGCCAGACCCCAGCUCGCCUACACUGUCCGUCAUCACCACGCAGCGGGCCCUCAACGUGGCUGUGAAUUGCUUCGUGUGCAGCUUCCAUUCUAAGCCAGGCCAGACCUUCACACUCCGCAACAAGCCUCACGGCUCGGAGCCUUUCUUUCCCUUCCUGGCCAAACACCAGUCUGCUCACCCCGAGGCCCGCGUGGACGACACCUGCGUCCUGGCCUGCCUCUGCUGCUUCCAUUCGCUCAUCCUUCAGUGGCAGCGCUACGAGAAAGAGAAAGUGGCCCACUACGCCAGGCUCUACGACACCUACAACUACAUGUGCUUCAUUUGUAGCCUCAAGACUUACCGGAAGAGGCUCUACCUUCUCCCUGUUAAGGAUUACCCAUUCUUGAAGGAACACAACCGUCCUCCAGGCGGCAUGGUUGUGGACAAUGGUCACUCUGUGGUUGUAUGCAAGGACUGCUAUUCAUCACUAAAAAAUCAGUACAUAGAGUUGGAGAGAUGGGGAGUUCCAGUAGAGAAGAGGCAGUACAACUGGAUACAACGUCCUCCACCCCCUGAAUUCCAACAUGGUACUUCUGCAAAGUCCAUCCAGGUGUUCACCUCUGGCACUCAGCCCACAGUGGUAGAGCCUGGAUCUUCAAGUCCAGGCUCUCAGUUAGGAAAUUCUCCAGGUGCUGUACAACAACCAGGAGGUGGAGGUAGUCCAAGAGGGUCCCAUGGUCCUGUAUUGGGCUCAUCUAGUGCGGUGGUUGAUGGAGCUGGGAUACAAGUACAUGCAUCAAAGCAGAGUGAAGAGCUUGCAUUACCUGCUAAUAGUGCCUUAUCAAAAGCAAAUGCCAGUACAAGCAUGUGUGCAGAUUUAUCUGAAACUUGCAUAGGAAAUAUCCACUCCCGCUAUGCCCCCCUCCCUCUCAAAAUUGGUAUUGCCAGGCAGGGGGGCACACAGUCUAACAACCUCACCAAGCAACAUUCAAUGGGUUCCAGUGAAAGUCUCAACUCUGGCAAUACCAAAGGGCCUGGAAACUCAGAGCAAAAAGUCCUCAAAGUGGACCAAUUCUCCAAGAAUUCAAAUUCCUCAGGUGUCUCCAAACCAGGCAUCCAAGGACAUGUCUCCUCAAACCGAGACACAGUCUACCAGCUAGAGAACCAUGAUAAGCUGGUACACAAGAAGAGGAGAUCUGUGAUCAGAGCAGGCCUCAACACUCCUGCAGUAGCAACAAGCAGUGCCAGCUCCCAGAUACAGAGGCCAUCCUGCACACAGCAGCUCCUUUCAACCUCUCCAGAACUUCAGACCAAGUGCUCAUAGACAAGAUGAAGAAAUUAAAUUUUCUUAACAAUAUAUUGUCAAGAUAAUUCAUGCUACUAUUGAUAUUUCAUAUUUGCUUUAAUUUGUCAAUUAUGAGAAAAUUGAUCUGAUUUGUGACUUAUUCAAAUUGAAGCUCUUUAUUUCAUAUCUUUAUUUACAUAACCUUGUAGUACACAAGGUUUGAGCUAAGCUCAUGUCGUCCAGUCUCCAUUGCUGUCUAUAAACACUCUAAUUUAUAAAUGAUGGAUGUUCCUUUCAUACAUCUUCAUCACCAAUCUAUUCCAGAGUAUAAAUUUAUGUUUAUGCCCUUUUUAACAUCAUGUGAGAGGAAAGUAUGCUUUCAUUUAUGCUCAAGCCUCCUCUUUCUCCAGUCAUUCAUUAUUGUAAUGUUUCCUCUAUCCCCUAAUUCCAAACUUGUUACUUUCACUAUUAUAUUUGUCACCAUACGUGGGUGUUAUCGCGAUAAAUUAUCGUGAUAACGAUAUCAGGUUAUCGGUUAUACGAUAAUUAUUUUUCCCACGUUAUUGAUUCAUCGGUAUCACCAACACUUUUGGUUUCAAACUAGUGAUAAUCGGUAAUUUUAGUUUAUGGAACAUGAGCAUGUUAAAGUUUUAAACUUUCAAAAUCAAAUGUAAUUAUUUUACUUAAAACUACUUUUCAUUAGUGAAGAGACAGGAUAAACAUUGAAUUAGAAUUCUAAGAUUUUUCUAAGUUUUCUAAGAUAAAGAUAAAAAUAAAGAUUUGGAUUUAUCAAUUUUUUUUUUAUUUAAAAUAUCAAUUUCAUUAUUGCUAGUAUUGGAAUUUUGGAUUUGUUGAUUUAUCAGUUGUCAGGUGAUAAAUUUAUCACCAGUUAUUGAUUACCGGUUAUCGCUGAUAAGGUUAACAUUAUUGAUUUAUUGGUUAUUGUGAUAAAUAUUUUCGUUAUUGCGCCCAGCUAUGUUUGUCACCUUAUUUUUCUUUUUGUAUAAUGUAGACAGCUAUAGUAUAUUUGUCCUUUUUACAUGACAUAUGCUUUAGGGUUGGCCAGGCAACAUUUUGGUAGCUAUGCUUUACAUCAUAAUUAUGUUUUUUUUUUUUUUUUUUUUUUUUUUUUUUUUUUUUUUUUUUUUUUUGUAAGGUGACAACCAAAGCUAUAUAUAUAUUCUAACUCUGAUCAGAGUAUAAAUAUUAUGAAGUCUUGAUAUUUCUUUUUUGAUAUUACUAAAGUAAUAUCAGACUAUAUUUAUCAACAAUUUAGUAAUCUUACUGAUGCACAUUUAUGUGAUGAGUUUAUUUCUCAUUACAUGUUUCCUAUUAGAUAUCUUUCCUUUCCCACCAUUUCCUUAACAUGAAUUUCUUGGCAUUAUAGUCUACUCUUCAAUACUGAUUUUAUUGAUUACCUCUAAAUAUUUCUUGCAGCAAUUAAUAUUAAUGUAUUAUUUCACAAUCUUAUUGUUCAUAAUCAAGUUUCUCAAAUCUUUCAACCCUUCACUUGUAUAAAUCAAGAUCAUUACUUAAGGAAAAAAGUGAUCCUUGGAGCACUUCAUUUCAUCAUUUCUGUUGUAAGGAAACCUCUUUCCUUAAAACAAUCUAUUUUUCAUAUAAUUUUCCCAUCUGUCUUCAACAUUUUUUAUGUACCCUUUAAAAAUUAUUGUGAAUGGCUCUUCAUAGAGAUACACUUUUCUAAUUCAAGUAAAUAGUCCUUCUGUCUUCUGAACUAUAUUGGAUAUGAAAACUCUAGAUAAAACUUGACGGUACAUAUCUAAAUCUAUUUCAUCUUUGUGAGACUUGGUCUUUUCACUUUUUUUUUUUUUUUUAUACAAAACUUCCACAUGGAUCUAGAGUUAAGGGCUUCUUUAUCAUUUUCAUACUGGUAAUGUUUGCUCUCUUUCAAUUCUCUAAACUAAUUUUCUCAUUUAGAAAGCAUAAUUGUAAUAUAUUGGAUUUGCAAGCUGUGAUCAUUUUAUUAACUAACUUCUCCACUAGACUUUCAUGUAAAAUAAAAAAAAACCAGUGAUGAUCUUCAUUCCUGGUAUUCAUAUUUUCAGUAUUUUCAAAGAAUCACUAAUUUUGAUUGUGAAAUAUCAUCUUCUUACAAAAUGGAGACGGACAAGAAGCUUGUUACUACAAGCCAGGCAAGUUUAAAUGUAGAGCCUGGAAUCUGACACCCAAUGCCCAGUUACUUUGGGGGGGUGUAGGUGUGUGUGUGUGUGUGUGUGUGUGUGUGUGUGUGUGUGUGUGUGUGUGUGUGUGUGUGUGUGUGUGUGUGUGUGUGUGUGUGUGUGUGUGUGUGUGUGUGUUUAGAUACAAGAAGGAAAGUUUCACGAGAAGAGUGAUUGAUAAAGAAUAUUGAUGUUUUAUCAGGUGAGAACUGUCUCCCUGUUGGCUGAUACAAUAUUCAUUUGCAAAAUGCAGUUACAUCAUAAUAAUUUUAUUUGCAUACAAAUUUGUCAAGAGCAGUACAAUACCAUUUUUUCCCACCAGGUUAUGAUAGACCUAAUCUGCUCUCAAAAUAUUCUUGAUAUCAGAAGAGAGAUGUGGCUUUGAUCUUUGAAGAUAUGCAUAUUUUCUUGGUUUUCUAAAUGAUAGUGAUCUCUGGCCAAAUGAUUGUUAUUUAGAUUCCAGUUCUUACAAUGCUAUUUAUCACCCAUUAUCAAAGUCAGUAAUCCUGGUUCACUUUCAAAUAAAUUACAAAAUGUCAAAAUAUGGUUCCCUGCAAUAUUCUCAUCUUACAGCACAUUGGGAACAUUUCUUUACACAGGUCUUUGGUAAAUUCUCCUACUACUGUAGAUUUAACUGUUCUGCCAAAAUAAGCUUCUGUACUUGUUAACUCAAUGUAUGGGAUGUAUUUGAAUAUUGUACACUCAAUCAUUGUUUAAUGUUGGGCAUGGAUGGCCUUAAUGGUAUUUUUUUUUUCCAGAGAGAGAGAGAGAGAGAGAGAGAGAGAGAGAGAGAGAGAGAGAGAGAGAGAGAAUUGUGUGAAUCCUCCUUACAAGAGACCAGAAAUUAUACCACACCAUAAAAGUGGUAAACAUGUAAUGUUUGAGAAGUAUUUUUAUAGUGUUUUUAAUACAAUUGGUUAUUUCUGAAAUACUUUAAGUUAGAAGAAUGACCAGUUGUAAUACACACACACACACACACACACACACACACACACACACACACACACACACACACACACACACACACACACACACACACACACACACACACACACACACACUAUUCACCCAGCAGCAAGCAAGUGUAGCAUAUAAGCUGAGGGGUUGUGACCUCACUUUUCUGGUGUGUGAUGUGUGCAGUCCUGCCAAGUGAUUGGUCAUUUUGAGUUUGAGCUCUUUCCAUAGAGAAACAGCUGGCUGUGAUAUGAGAUCAGCAGACAACUGUAGAUGAAUAACACACACACACACACACACACACACACACACACACACACACACAUCAUUUUUGGUAUAUGCAAAGAAUGUACACACUAAUUUUAUUUAUUUAUUUAUUUAUUUUAUCUUAUAAUUUUUGAAUAGACAGAAAUACUAAAGCAAUUGCCUUUAGGUGUGCAUUUUCUUCUGCAUACAACAAUACUUACGUAUAUUAGAAGUGGUAGUUUGCUCAACCUAAAUAGCUAAUAUCCCUUCUGUAAGCAGAUUAAAUGGAAUAGAGCAAAUUGGGUUGGUGGAUGCGCACUCAAGAAGUCCAAUUCAAAUUGAAAAUUGAAGUCACUGAUGCCACUGAAAUCUUACAGUAUUAUAACACAAAUUCAUAUGGAGUUGUACAUAUCUAAUAGAACCUAAAAUAAAAGAUUCGACAAUUUUGAAAGAUUACACUUCAUACAAAUCACUUUUCUCCACUUCUACAUAGAAUUAGUAAUAUAAUUUUAUGGUACAUCACUUUGUUGUUAGAAUUACUUGAAUAUCGGUGAAGCAAAAUCAUCAGCAUUCAUAACAAACCUCAAAUGCAGAUGAAUUUGUAUAUCAAAACCCACCAACUUAGUUGUAAUUAAGUCAUUUGGGAUUGGCAUAUGGACAAAAACUUUUAUAUAUAUAUAUAUAUAUAUAUAUAUAUAUAUAUAUAUAUAUAUAUAUAUAUAUAUAUAUAUAUAUAUAUAUAUAUAUAUAUAUAUAUAUAUAUAUAUAUAUAUAUAUAUAUAUAUAUAUAUAUAUAUAUAUAUAAUAGCUCAGAAUAAUGUAAAGUUUAAGAAUUUCAGACAUAACUUGAAAUAGCAGUGGAAGUAAGCUUUCUAUGAACAUCUUCCUGUGGGGCUACACACUGCUAGUGUAACAUUUGCUUUGAGCACAUUGUUACCAUAAUACUUAGUUUACUGAUAGUCACCCAAUGGAUAAUUUUGUUUUGUAUGAGUUAUUUUUUUUACUGUAUCACUCAUGUACCAUCAAUCAGAAGAAAUGCAUUAGUUAUCAAUGUUGCAAAAUAGGUGUACUGGGGCAGGCUGAUUUACACUCUGAUACUCAUAGAAUUAUGCACUUUAUGACUCUCCCUAUAUCAAAAUUAUUAUUUACUCCUUUUCUAACUAUUGUACUUAUGGUAUCCUUCCUUAUUCCUGUACUUCAGAAUUUAUCAUGACUUUACACGUUCAUAAUAGGAAAAAAAAUAAUAAUUUGUGAUAUUUUUAUGAACAUAUCUUUUUUCCCUCCACAAGUUUUAUUAUAACUCUCCUCAGCAUAUUCAACAUAUUUUCUCUCUGUAUCUGUCUUUGGAGUGGCAUGGGGUGGCACAAAGCCCCUCAGUCUAGCAACUUGUGUGUAGCCGGGAGGUAGUACAUUCAUCAACAUCCCUACUGCUGAAAGUUGGAAAGAAAGGGUGAUAGAGAAUAUAGUACAUGUGCCAUAUGUAGAAGGCAUGAUAAAGUUUUGGGAAGAUAUUAGUAGUGUUCACUGCAGACACAACAGGGGAUUUCGAAAGUAUGGCAUGCAUCACUGCAUUGGUGACAUGGGAUAUUGAAGGUGAAACAACAGCUGUUGCAGAAGUGAGGUAAACUGCUUUUACAGAAAGCUGAGAGUGAUUUUGUAUCUGAGAUAGGAACAGAGAUAGCAGGGAUCAUAUAAAAAAUAUUAGUGUUUGAGCCAAUGGUUAUAGUUAAGAAAGGAGCCAUAACUGAGGAAAUCAAGGCAUUAUCAAUCAUGGAAUCUGUGUUGAUGGCCUGGUGCAAUAUAUUGGCUGCCUCCCUCUCUUGCUCUCCCCUUCUUUUGUUUCUCCCUACUCCUCCAUCAUCUUAUUCAAAGCAUAGCCAUGAUGAAAUUGCUUAAUCUCAUGGAACUUUUCAUAUCAGCACAAAGUUGUCAUGGUCUUUGCUGUAAGACAAGACUACAAACAGUUUGAAGUGCAAUUUAUUGUGGGGCAGUCUUCUCUUUGCCCUCUUUCCUCAAACUGCUUGGUAACUUUGGAUUGUUAGAGUUCACAAGGGAGGCAUAAGGUUGAAAUAACACUAGUGUGUUAGCUAUUCCAUGCACAUGCAAAGAUAAAUAUAAACACACAGGUGCACAUGCAGAAGUAAUCACACAACAUAAGUUUGGAUAUCUGUACUUUCAAACACAUGUAAAACUUGUGAAAUCUGUAGUAUCUGUAAAAUCAAAUAUUAUUCACUUGGAAGUUGGAAAACUUGUUAAAAUUGUCUUUGAAAAAUUUUUAAUGUCAAUGCUUGUAAAAGUUAUACUGCCAUUUGAGUUACUCACCAAGAACUGAGUUGAUGGAAAGCUUACAGUCAGUGAACGCCAAUCUUGCAUGGUAGUGGUAUAUAUAAGCUACUCGGAGAGUGUGUUUUACGUAAUUAAAGCCUCUCAGCAAGCAUAAAAAAUGAACUGGGACAAAUUGACUUAUUGGCAUCUCAGAUGCAUCUCUCCUCCUCAUUCAUACAAACAGCAGCAAUAACUAGUAUUGCGUAGGUCACCAGUGUUCAUUGUGUCUUUGGUGACAUGUGACCAACUCUGUUCUCUAGGUGAAACGCAUAAUGUUCAUGCUGUGGUGUUUGUAGUGAUGAAUGCGAGGCAGGUAAGCCAUGAUGAUAUUAUUCAAUCAUAAAUCUUCACAUGUUGGGCUUAAGUGGUGUUGAUAUACCAAAAUAUGUGGGUUUUAAAAUGCAAAACUUGCAGAACCUCAUACAAAAAUUCGACAAGGGAGGCAAUGAGGAAUUGUCUUUUCAGAAACAUGGUGGCGGCAUCCCUUUAGAGUUACCCCACGGCUUCUAGCUUCUCUACAAAGACAGUUGGACUCUAUUCUGAUUCAGGGAAGCAGCAAGGAUGCCACCAUUGUGCCUGUGUAAAGACAGUUCCUCACUGCCUCGCUUGACGAAUUUUCAUAUGAGGUUCUGGAAGAUUUGCAUGUUUUGCUACAUUGAAACCAUUCAAGCCUGACAUACAAAGAUUUAUAGUUGAAUGAUAUCACUGUGACUUGUUUGUCUCACACUCAUCACAAGCACCACAAAAUUAACAGAAAAUGUGUUUCAACCCGAGAAAAAAAAAAGUUAUGGUUAUGCAUCAUCAAACACAAUGAAUAUUGACACUGGUAAUUAAUACUGGUCAUUGCUGCUAUGGGUGUAAGCGAGGAGGAGAAAUGCACUUGGGAUGCCACUAAGUGAAUUUGUCCCAGCCCAUUUUUUAUGCUUGCUGAGAGGCCUUAAAUAAGACAUGCUCUAUGAGUAGCCUUUGCAGCCCUGAUGUAAAAUCAGCAUUUGCUGACCAUAUAUAUACAUGUAUGGGUUUUGUAAACAAUCAUAUUACUUGUUCAUCUUAAAUUAGAAUUAAAUUUAUGAAGUGAACAUUAUUUUUACAAAACUGUUUUGCUAAAUUUAGUCAUUCCAUAAAUGAGAAAAAAGUUGUAAUAUUACUUUAUUGUAAUUAUUAAUUUCCCACAUAAGGACUCAUUUUAAUGUUUUAUGCAGGAUUCAUAAAAUUUAUUGCCAAAUUUAAAUCAUCUCAAUAAAUUUUCCAAGAUCCUGAUUAAAAAAGGAUGACUUGGUCAAAUAUACAUGUAUACACACACACACACACACACACACACACACACACACACACACACACACACACUACACAACCAUGAUACACUGCAAGUUGGAGUAUGCUGCAGUUGUAUGGUCUCCACAUAGAAUAUAAAGAAAUUGGAAAGAAUACAGAGGACAGCAACAAAGAUGGUGCCAGAAUUGAAGGAAAAAAAAAACUGAUGAAGAGCAACUGGAAGAAAUGAGAUUAAUAACAUGGGAAGAGAGAAGAGAAAGAGGAGACUUGAUAACAAUGUACAAAUUAAUAAACCGUAUGGAAAAGGUAGACAGACAAGUUGUGGAGAUGCAUAUAGAUGAGGGAACAAGCUGUGUGAGAGGACAUACAAAAGAGAUUAAGGAGAGUAAAUGUCUCAGUAACAUCAAGAAAUAUACUUUCCUGUACUGAAGCAUUCAUCUCUGGAACAGUUUAAGUGAAGAGGCAGUUAUAGCUGUUAGUGUGAGUAAAUUUAAAGAAAAAUUGGAUAGCUGCAGAUAUGGAGACAGGAAAAAUGAUCUUUAGCUUGGACCCUGUACAAUACAACUAGAUAAAUACACACACUAACUCACUAAUAAUGCCCUUUCCUGUCAUAUGGUAGGUUGAGGUGCCUUACACUGAUGAAUGAGAGGUUAUUUUCUUCCUUAAGCAAGAGGAUGGAGUAUGUUAGAUGAAAGGUUACAGUCUUAUCCAUAAAUCAUACUACAUGCACUCCAAGCUCCCUCUGGGAGGGUAUAGCCGAUGAUCAUGAGUCCAGCAUGUGAUCUUCAAAAACAUGGGUGAAUCUCACACACAUGCACACGCACACACACACACACACACACACACACACACACACACACACACACACACACUAGUAUAAAUUGAAGUGAACAAUGAUUAAAAGUUUAUAUUAACUUUUAAAAUCUGGGUGGCUUCUUGUAACAUACUAAAUUAGUUCACUUCAACUCAAAAUCAUACGAAGCUAGAUACUUUUAGACUGAGAAUUUUACUAGAAACAACAAACGUUUCACUGAUUUUAAGACAGCACCCAUGAAACUUUGUAAAAUCACGUAAUCUUAGCUUAAAUAAGAGUAUAAGACAGCCACCGGAUUCAGAGAGUUAAUACCAUAGACUGUGGAAAGGUAUUUAGAGUAGUGUAAAACAUUAUUAUUACUAUUAUAUGAUCUUUCAUAUGAAAGAAUAUUUAAUCUUUUACCUAGAAUCUAGGUGAGAAUAUAGGUAUGUAUAAAACAUGAGUAACAGUUUCUUCCCAUUCAAUGUAUACAUUGCUGUGGUAUAUGUACCCAUAAAGACUCAAAUUGAAUUUCAA